GCCCCUUGAGCAAAACGAACCAGUGCGCAUGCGUGGAACAUUCGAUCACUGGUGGUGUAGCUAACGGCUAGGCUACGAAUCCAGCCAACAUGGAGAGAAAAGUUCUGGCACUCCAGGCGAGGAAGAAGAGGUCGAAAGCAAAGAAGACCAGCAAGAAGCAGCCGGUCAAUCCCAGAGCCCGACAGCAGCCCCAGGCAGAAGCGUCACCUCAGGAACCAGAGGAGCUUGAGGAGAUUCUCGGCUCUGAUGAUGAAGAGCAGGAGGACCCUCAUGACUACUGCAAAGGUGGCUACCACCAUGUGAAAGUAGGAGACCUUUAUAAUGGAAAAUACCACGUAAUCCGGAAACUGGGCUGGGGACACUUCUCGACUGUGUGGCUCGCCUGGGACAUCCAGGUGAAGAGGUUUGUUGCAAUGAAGGUGGUGAAGAGUGCGGAGCACUACACGGAGACGGCGGUGGAUGAGAUCAAACUCCUCAGAUCUGUAAGAAACUCAGACCCCAAUGAUCCUAACCGGGAGAUGGUGGUCCAGCUGCUAGACGACUUCAAGAUCUCUGGUGUUAAUGGAACUCAUGUCUGCAUGGUGUUUGAGGUGUUGGGCCAUCACUUACUAAAGUGGAUCAUAAAGUCCAAUUACCAAGGGCUGCCCCUUCCAUGUGUCAAGAGCAUCGUAAGACAGGUUCUCCAAGGCCUGGACUACCUGCACACAAAGUGUCAGAUCAUCCACACAGACAUUAAGCCGGAGAAUAUCCUCAUGAGCGUUGAUGAGUCGUAUGUACGAAAGCUCGCAGCUGAAGCCACAGAGUGGCAGAGGGCUGGGGCACCUCCUCCCUCCGGUUCAGCAAUAAGCACAGCACCUGCUCCAAAACAGGCGGUUAAAAUGUCAAAGAACAAGAAGAAGAAGAUUAAAAAGAAGCAGAAGCGUCAGGCAGAGCUGCUGGAAAAGUGCAUCAUGGACCUGGAGGAGAUGGAAAAGACUACAGAGACACGAGAGGAAGAAGACGAUGACGAGGAGGACCCACAGAGUCCUAAGGGACGGGCCUGUGCUCCUCUCAGACAGGUGUCUCUUCAAGAGCUAGAGAAUGAGGAAAUACAAGAGAGCAGCAUCAGUGCCGAGCUCAUGCGGUUGGGACCAGAAGGGCUGUCAGAAGUGAACUGCAAUGGCCAUGUGGAGGUAGACCAGAGACAGCCUCCAUGGAGGGACGAAGACCAACACAAUGGAAACGCAGAGCCCUCUGAGAAAUGUGCCAGCCAGGAGGAGCAGGCCAAGGAUUCUGUUCACCCCGUCUGCAACGGUGUGGACUCUGCAGAUCUCAAGGAGUUGGACACUGAGACUAAAGGCAGGGCAGGUCACAGCAGUGGAGUCACAGAGAGAUACCACCAUGCUGGGCUGGAGGAAGGAGAGCUGGAGCACAGCAUUUUGCAGGAGGACUGUCCAUAUAGAAAUGAGGAAAGCCUGAGAAACGGCAAGCUAACAGCAGGAUCCCUGCUAGUUAACCCCCUUGAGCCACUCAAUGCAGACCAGAUCAAGGUCAAGAUCGCAGACUUGGGAAAUGCCUGCUGGGUGCACAAGCACUUUACAGAAGACAUCCAGACACGGCAGUACCGGUCCUUAGAGGUGCUUAUUGGUUCUGGAUACAGCACACCGGCUGAUAUCUGGAGCACAGCCUGCAUGGCCUUUGAGCUUGUCACAGGGGACUACUUGUUUGAACCACAUUCUGGGGAGGAUUAUUCCAGGGAUGAAGACCAUCUUGCUCUCAUGAUUGAGUUGCUCGGUAAAAUCCCUCGUCACUAUGCUCUGAGUGGGAAAUACUCACAGGAAUACUUCACCAAGAGAGGUGAUUUGAAACACAUCACCAAGCUGAAGCCGUGGGGCCUGCUGGAGGUGCUGAUUGACAAGUACGAGUGGCCCCGCGAAGAAGCUGAGUGCUUCGCCGACUUCCUUAUUCCCAUGCUGGAGCUGAUCCCAGAGAAAAGAGCCACGGCGGCAGAGUGCCUGCGCCACCCUUGGCUCUCCCUCUAGUGGAGACCUCCUCUCAUUGCACCUCCCUCCCUUCCUUCCCACUCUCUCCAGAGACUGCAACAGAUCACUUUUUCCAAUUUGGGCAUAUCAAAUGAAUAUUUAUUUCUCUUAUUUUUGUUUUUGUCGUUUUGGACUUCCUAUGUUCUCGUUAUUGAGCUGAUGCUUCCGUGUACGUUUUGCUUUGUAUUUGUUGGUUCUUCUCUCGGUGUGAUGACGUCGGGAUUCCAGUGGGUUAUAUUACUUUGUGGUCACGUUGGCUCCAACUGCUGUGCUCCGUUCACCCACCCAUCGAAGCAAACCUGUUAUUGUACUGCUAGUGACUCAUCCUUGUUUUGUUACACUCCUGCACUAAACCCAAACAAAUCAAGGAUAUGUAGCCUUUAUUGGUCAUUUUUGUCCCCUUAAAAAAGGACUCGCUUUCACUUAUUUUCUCGUACAUUUUCAUUAGUGCUGUGUUGUUUUGUUUUUUUAAGAAUUAGUUGAUCUUCUAUUACACAUGUAAGGUAUAUAUUUUGUAUUUGUAAAGUAGGUGUAGGAAGUUGCACACUGGGCUGACAUUUACACUGACUGUGGUAAUAGCAUUUCUACAGACAGACUCUAGUUUCUUACGGAGACACCCACUGUCUGAUACUUUAGACCAUUAUUUAGCCAUAACAAAUCCGUUGUCUCCUGGUAUCUUGCGUGGUUACUUAAUUAUAAUAAAUGAGAUCUUCCAUUCUCAUGGGAGGCUGGUAUUCUCAUAUUACAAUUCAGGAAUAUAGUGUUCUAGGUUUCAAUAAGAUGACACGUGAAGAAGCCCAAUUCAAAGGAAAAAAAAGUGAAAAAUAAACUGUAUAUAUCUGUACCAAAGAGGUUGCCUUUAUGUAUAUUACAGUUAUGUACAGUUUUUAACAAAUCUUAUAUCUUAGCUAAAAUUAUUUAGCUGGGUAGCUGUGUUUUAAUAAAGCAUAUGGAAGAUGUGUUUGAGCUCAGUUGUAUGUAUGGCCAACUGUUCAAUAAUGUCACUGUUUUUACCAUUAGAAAUGGUGAGAUCUGAUGAUAUAUAAUGGUGUCCAAAAUUGAUCAUAUCCAAGUAACACAUGUAUCUGUUGAGGCCUAGAUAAAAACAAAUUACCAUCAGUGUCAGAUUCAGGAACAUAGCCUAUAUGUGAACUGUCAAUUUACAAAACUGUACAACGCACCAUACAAUAAAAACAGAUGUUCAUACAAUGCAAA